UUAGGGCACGCUGAGUAGAGCAACACUCACACAUCCAUUUAGCCAUUGAAGAUGAAGAGAAUUUCUCUGCGAAAUGGAAAUGCUAUUCCCUUUAUCUCUUUCUUCCCUAAUUCACAUUCUGCUUCCGCAAUUUCAGGAAAGGGUAAAGUUGGGUUAAACAGCAAAGUAAAGAGUUUAGGUGAUGCUGUGAAUCUCUUCAAUCAAAUGGUUAGAAUGAAACCUCUUCCUUCACUUGUCCAUUUCUCUAAAUUGUUUAAGAAUAUGAUAAGUAUGAAGUAUUACACUGCUGUCCUUUCUCUUUUUCGAGAAAUGCAGAAAUUGGGUAUCCCAAUUAAUGUUUUCAUCUUGACUGGUGUGAUUAAUAGUUAUUGUCUGAUGCAUCGUUCUGAUUGUGCAUUUUCGGUGUUACCCAUUUACUUGAAGAAUGGCAUUCCAUUUGGUAUUGUCACCUUUACCACCCUAUUAAGAGGAAUCUUUGCUGAAAAUAAGGUCAAAGAUGCAGUUGAAUUGUUCAAAAAAUUGGUGAGAGAGAAGAUUUGUGAGCCCAACGAAGUCAUGUAUGCAACCGUCAUGAAUGGGCUUAGUAAAAGGGGCCAUACUGACAAGACUUUAAGUUUGCUCCGUUUAAUGGAACAAGGGAACACUAAGCCCAACAUAUAUAUCUACACCAUUGUUAUAGAUUCCCUUUGCAAAGAUAGAAACUGUGAUGUUGCUAUCACUCUUUUGAAUGAGAUGAAGCAGAGAGGUAUUCCUCCAAAUGUAGUCACAUAUAAUUCAAUAAUUGAUGGUUUGUGUAGGAUUGGUCAGUGGGAAAAGGUUAAGAUUUUGUUAUCUGAGAUGGUGAACCACAACAUAUAUCCAAAUGUGCGCAGCUUCAAUAUACUAACAGAUGGCCUAUGCAAAGAAGGGAAAGUUGAAGAUGCCGAGGAAAUAAUGAAACACAUGGUCGAAAAGGGUGUAGAACCUGAUAUAAUCACCUACAAUGCAAUAAUGGAUGGGUAUUGUUUGCGUGGUCAACUAGAUAGAGCGAGGAGAAUUUUUAAUAUCUUGAUAGAGAAGGGCAUUGAGCCUGACAUUUUUAGCUAUAACAUACUAAUAAACGGAUAUUGUAAGAAAAAGAAUUUUGCUAAGGCCAUGCAAUUGUUUUGUGAAAUUUCUCAAAAGGGAUCAAAACCUGAUAUUGUUACCUACAAUACUAUCUUGAAAGGUCUGUUUGAAGUUGGAAGAACUGGUGAAGCAAAACAAAUAUACGCUGAGAUGCUAUCUGCGGGGACCAAGCCUGAUAUAUACAUUCAUGUCACUUUGCUCAAUGGUUAUUUUAAUUACGGACUCGUUGAAGAAGCUAUGUCACUCUUUAAUAAGUUAGAAAGAAAGAGAGAAUAUACUGAUAUUGCAUUUUAUAGUGUUGUCAUUAAUGGAUUGUGCAAAAAUGGUAAACUCGACGAAGCGCGUGCUGUUUUCAAGAAGCUUUCUUUUAUUGGAUUGCUUCCAGAUGUGAGAACAUACACCGUAAUGAUAAAUGGAUUUUGUCUUGAAGGGUUGUUUGAUGAAGCUAAAGAUAUUCUAAGAAAAAUGGAAGACAAUGGUUGUUCUCCAAACAAUGUCACUUAUAAUGUUAUUUUGCAAGGAUUUCUCAGGUGCAACAAAAUUAUUGAAAUGACAGCUUUUAUGAAGGAAAUGGCUGGAAGGGGUUUCUCAUUUGAUGCAACUACAGCUGAGUUUUUGGUAAACAUUGUAAGGGAGAAUCCUUCUGUCCUUGACAUGAUACCAGAGCUUCACUCGAAAAAUAAGAAGUGAAUAUUUCUUUUGUUUGGUUCAUUCGGCUACGCUAUCACUGUGAUACAGUUCCCUUUUUAUCCCUGCAAAAAAAUGACACCCAAUGCAUUUGCCAAAUGUGAUGGCAAUUAGAGCAUCGCUUGAGCUUUCCAGUCAUCAGUUUUGAUUUGAGAAAAAAUGGUGACCAUACUGAUUUUCUUAAAAAAGAAAUAAUGGUUGAUGCAGGGCAAGUUGCUAGUACCGGAAUGGUUGCACCGAGUUACAACAAACUUUGUUUAUGAUGACAUCCUCCAGCAGGAAACCAUUUGUUAUUAUUUUUUCCGAGAAUCUACCUUGAUUUCUUGCAGGCUAGUGUUGGUCUUGACACUUUUACUAUGUGCAUUUCCAUUAGUUUUGGAGUUUCCUGUUGGCUUGGAAAUCUUUUUUACUAGUUUCUAACUUGGUGGUCUGAUCUUGUGUAACUGUACUCUUUGCUACAACUGUGCACAAUCUAGUGAAAAAUGAAAGCUCCAAAUUUAAGGCAGAUAAUUGGGGGUCUUUUGUAGAGAAUCAUAUCUUUUUUUGAAACUUGUAGUGAAUCAUAUCUCUGCGUGUGUUUCUAUGGAAUGACUAAAGUGCUGGUAUAAAUGGCAUCAAGAAGAUGCAGGCUAGAUAGUUACAAAAGUAGUGAGAUUGUAAGCUCAUUUACAAGUGUCCUAUGCAAUGGAUUUAUCAGUAUAAUAUCAUUUUUAGUGCUAUUUAGUUAUCUUUAGGUAUUUUUAUUAUUGUUGUCAUCAGGUAUUAUCAUUUUCUAUUUUUUCUUAGAAUCAAUAACAAUUGAUUUUAACUUACAAAUUGCUACCAGAAUUGCUGGUUUCUGAAGUCGUAGUUACAUCAUUGGCAAACCGUAUAUGGAAUGCUAGAACUGACAAGAUCAACCCAAUCCUUACCAAGGGGUGAUUCAUUAAAGGAGAACUUUGGUUGCAUGGACGUAGAUGUAAUGUUAAAAUUGUUCCAUGAUCAUGUCUCCACAUGUUAGCUUCAUCAUAGUUGUCUUUAUUUUUUUUUAAUGACGGUGGUGUUCGAGCCCUCCUGUUUGUACCUUCUACUAUUCAUCAAGUACAUGCUAUCUCCCACCAACACAAGUAUCGGGUAUCUUUGACUACCAGAUAUAUUCAGUUGUCUAUGAAAUAUUGAAUCUUUUGGACAAUUUAAGCUAGGAGUAACACUACAACUGAGUUUUUUGUAAACAUUGUAAGGGAGAAUCCUUCUGUCCUUGACAUGAUACCAGAGCUUCAAUCGAAAAAUAAGAAGUGAAUAUUUCUUUUGUUUGGUUCAAUCGGCUACGCUAUCACUGUCCUGCAAAAGAAAUGACACCCAAUGCAUUUGCCAAAUGUGAUGGCAAUUAGAACAUUGCUUGAGCUUUCCAGACAACCUGUUGAGGAGGUACAUCAGUUUUGAUUUGAGAAAAAAUGGUGAUCAUACUCAUUCUCUUAAAAAAGAAAUAAUGGUAAGUUCCCUUUUGUGUACACAUUAUAAGUCUAGUAAUAUCAUUUUCAGUGCUAUUUUGUAUCUUCAGAAACAUCGAAAUAUUCAUGCUUCUGAGUAAACCCUCCCAAAGAAAAAAAAAUAUCUAUUAAUAUUUUCUUUUGCCGAUUUCUCCAGCAUUGCUUGUAAAUCAAGCAGCAAAUUUUGUUGGCAUAAAACUAGGCCAAGAUAUAUCCUAGUAGAUCCUGCUUUUGGUUUUUGAGGCUUAAGAUAGCUUACAUAGUGUGUAGAUCUGCUCUUAGUUAUCUCAGAUUAGCUCAUCUGCCUAAGACUAACGUAAAAUUGAGUGAUGAUUUUUUCUUAUAUUGUCUAGUAUGAAACUCUAUUGUAUUGGAGCUCAAUCCCAUUCAGCGUACUUACAGUUAGUCCAGAUUGUCUUACCUGGAGGGUUGAUUUUGUAAUCUAGAACACCUAGUUCUACGAACAGCUUCAUCCUAUGGAAGCAAAUCGAAACAAAAUUUUCCUUUGAGACUGAUGUGUCCAAACACUUAUCUGCUCUCUGUAAUUCUUUCAUACAGCAGCAUUCAGAAAAUCAAGAUGAAUAUCUUGAGUCUGUUAUAUUUUUGGUGUAAACAAGAUUUGGUGGGGGAGGUAGAAAGUUUAGUGGACUUUAUAGCUCAAUUGUAAAGUUUUUGCCCAGUUUUUGGCUUUUGAAAUUACUCUCUGGGGGCUGUAAAUCCCACCUGAUCAGGUUUUGCUGUUGAGUUUUGAUGUGAAUAUAAAGUUACCUUUAUCCAAAAAAAUAUAAAAUUCUUUCAUACAGUUUAGUGGUGUUAUUUAAGAUUUGAGUCUUUACUAUGCUUUUGUGACAAUCUUGCUGUCGUUUUCAUUUCUUGUGCCAUCAUAUCAAGUUCCAUCAUUGUAGUUCUGUUAUCUUAACUUGAUGCUUUGACAUCUGACUUUAAACUUAAGAGAAAUAUCAGUGAAAGAAUUGUUGACUACGAUUUGUUUAAACUAUUGUUAUGAUUCCUCUGAGUGGAAGUGAUGUCUGUUGUGAAAUGUUAUAUGUUAUACAUCUAAGACUAAUUCUUAACUUAGCGCGUUCAAUUACGGACUUGUUGAAGAAGCUAUGUAACUCUUUAAUAAGUUGGAAACAAAGACAGAAAAUAUUGAUAUUGUAUCUUACAAUAUUAUCAUUAAUGGAUUGUGUAAAAAUGGUGAACUCGAUAAAGCUCAUGCUAUUUUUGAGAACUUUAUUCAAUGGGAUUGCUUCCGGAUGCGAUAACAUACAAUACAAUGAUAACUGGAUUUUGUCUAAAAGGGUUGUUAGAUGAAGCUAAAGAUAUGCUUAGAAAAAUGGAGGGGAACAAUUGUCUUCCAAACAAUGUCACUUACAAUGUUAUUGUGCAAGGAUAUCUUAGGUGUAGGAAAAUAAAUGAAAUGGUAACCUUUUUGAAGGAAAUGACUGGAAGGGGCUUCUCAUUUGAUGCAACUACAGCAAAGUUACUGGUAAACUCUAUAAGUGAGAAUCCUUCCGUCCUUGACACGAUACCAGAGCUUCAUGCGAAAAACAAGAAGUGAAUAUUUCUUUCGCUUGGUUUAUUGGGGAGAGGUGAUUAAACAGAACAUGACGCAAGUACAAAUAACCGAGGACAUGACCUUAGAUAGGAGGGUGUGGAGGGCCCAUAUUAGGGUAGAAGGUUAAUACGAAGUCUUGUUACCCUGCCUUAUCAGUAGGCGCAUUAGCGCACUACGAAUUUUUUGUGCUGUGAUUUCUGUUAUCAGUUAUUACUCUUUGUACUUUCAGUUUUUUAUUAUUUUAUAUGUGUCACGUUAUUUGCUUUUCGCAUACUGCUUUGUACUUCUUGAUGUAUCUGACUUCUUCUUAUGCUUUUAUUGAGCCGAGGGUCUCUUGGAAAUAGCCGUCCUACCUUGGUAGGAGUCAGGUCUGCGUACACUUUACCCUCUCCAGACCCCACUUUGUGGGAUUUCACUGGGUUGUUGUUGUUGUUGUUGGUUUAUUUGGCUAUGUUAUAACUUUGAUACAAUUUUGGUUUAUCACUUCACAUGAAAAGGAAUCCAAUGCAAUUGUGGAAGAUGAAAAAUGAAAAUCAAAACGUUGCUUGGGUUUUCAUGCUGGCUUAUCGAGGAGAACAGGUUCAUCACGGUCACGCCUGAAACUGAAGUUCUGAAAGCGAAGCAACUGAUGAUAGGUUGAUGCAGGGCAAGUUACUAGUACGGGAAUGGUUGCACCAAGUUAUGUUCAGAAUGUUUCACCAUUGUAGUCUCAGAGGGAAGAUUGAUUCCAAUGGAUGUGUUGCUGCUUUAUUGGAAGAGCGCUUGAACAUGGGUCUUAAUUUCAAUUUAUCAGCCAAGGUCGAUCACAAAAGGAAAGAGUACAACUUUGGCUUUGGACUCACAGUUGGAGAAUAGAGGAGGAUGUUUCAACUUUGGCUUUGGACUCAAGUAAAUUGAAAGCUUCUUAGCAAGUGCUUCGUUUUCUCAGCAAUAAAAGAAUUGAAACAUCAGUUUUGUAUUUUUAUCGAGUAGACAUUGUCAACUGGUGCAACUUGUCACUAGUAGUUGAUUUUGCAAUUUGAGUCAUUCUUUGGAUAUAUAUGGUAAAGUUGUGUACAA